GUCAUUCGGCGUUCAAGAAAUCCACGUAACUAACUUGGUGUGAGCACUCACUGAACUAGUUUGAUCAGACUGGUUCAUUGCACCGGUGCUUUUAUUUUAGAUCCCCCAGCAAUGGACAGCAUCAAAGACGGGUGGUUCACCGAAACGUGCACAUUAUGGCCUGGUCAAGCGAUGAGUCUUCAAGUGGAGGAAGUGUUGUAUCAUAAAAAAUCCAAGUUCCAGGAUGUGAUGGUUUUUAAAAGUAAAACAUAUGGAAAUGUUCUGGUUUUGGAUGGAGUUAUCCAGUGCACAGAACGGGAUGAAUUUUCUUAUCAGGAAAUGAUUGCAAAUCUACCUCUUUACUGCCACCCUUGCCCCAAGAAGGUUCUCAUUAUUGGUGGAGGAGAUGGUGGUGUUCUGAGGGAAGUUGUAAAGCAUCCAUUGGUUGAGUCGGUUGUCCAGUGUGAGAUUGAUGAGGAUGUAAUAAAUGUAUCCAAGAAGUACCUCCUUGGAAUGGCAAAAGGAUUCUUUAGCCCCAAGCUCACUCUAAAUGUAGGUGAUGGAUUUGAAUUCAUGAAACAGAAUCAGGAUGCCUUUGACGUCAUCAUCACAGACUCCUCAGACCCUGUCGGUCCUGCCGAAAGCUUGUUCAAAGAGUCUUACUAUCAGUUAAUGAAAACUGCACUUCACGAGGGAGGAAUACUAUGUUGUCAAGGAGAGUGUCAGUGGUUGCAUUUGGAACUAAUCAAGGAGAUGCGAACCUUCUGUAAGACGCUCUUUCCUGUAGUAGAUUAUGCCUACUGCACCAUUCCAACAUACCCAAGUGGCCAAAUUGGCUUCAUGCUUUGCAGUAAAAAUCCAAAAACACAUUUCCGUGAACCAGUACGAGAACUAACAAGAGACGAGAUUGAGAGCAUGGACCUAAAAUAUUACAAUCCAGAAAUCCACCGUGCUGCAUUUAUUCUCCCAGAAUUUGCCAGAAAGGUACUUAGUGAGGCAUAAAUGGCUUCUUGGAUGCCAUUUUGUGUCAUGCUGCCUUCUGUGAAAGCAGAACAAACCCUCACCACAGCUGCAGUACCUCCCACUCUGGAUCACUCUCCAGCCUCCUGCUUUCUGACUGAUUGGUCAAUGAUCUGUUUCAAGUGGAAAUGCCUUCUGUGGGAAAUUCUCUGUAUUUACGUAUGCCUGGUCCCAGCAGUACUUCACGUCUUAUGAGUUGGUUUGUUUCCUAUAUACCACUGCCCACAUCAAACUGUCAGAAGUAUACAGAAAGACAAUCAAUACAUGCAUUAUGACAGAUUCCUCAGUCUAUUUAUGUUUUAACAGUUCUAGCUUGGCAAUACUCCAUUUAAUAAGCAUAUUUUACAUAAUAAUCUAAUGGAAGGGAAAUCUCAUAAGAUUUUGCAUUUCUACUGGUGGGAAUCAACAGAACCAGAGCAUCAGCAUGCCUCUUCUGUAAACCCUUUCAAAGACUUUCAGGUAAUUGUACAUAUUUUGUUAACAGCAGGCUCUCCCUCUCAAACUGGAAAUCAUUUCCUGCAAUUGUUUAAAAUGAUUCAAAACAUGAAUGCUUUUUGUUUUGUAAAGAUGGCAUUGGGGUCUCUGCAGAUGACUUGUGUGGUCUUGCUCUCAUGAAUAGUUAUGUAACUCUAGUUACAUGAGUCAUGUUUGCUUGACGUGAUUUAUAUAGAGCAAAAACAGUAUGACGUUUACAUACACCUUAGCCAAACACAUUUAAACUCAGGUUUUCACAAUUCCUGACAUUUAAUCGUAGAAAACAUUCCCUGUCUUAGGUCAGAUAGGAUCACUACUUUAUUUUAAGAAUGUGAAAUGUCAGAAUAAUAGUAGAGAGAAUUAUUUAUUUCAGAUUUGAUUUCUUUCAUCACAUUCCCAGUGGGUCAGAAGUUUAUGUACACUUUGUUAGUAUUUGGUAGCAUUGCCUUUAAAUUGUUUCACUUUGGUCAAACAUUUUGGGUAGCCUUCCACAAGCUUCUCACAAUAAGUUGCUGGAAUUAUGACCCAUUCCUCAAGACAGAACUGGUGUAACUGAGUCAGGUUUGUAGACUUACUUGGGCGCACACACAUUUUCAGUUGUGUUAUGAACCAGACUUGUGGAGGUCCACAAAUAAUGUUUUUUUCUGAGGUCUUUGCUGAUUUCUUUUGAUUUUCCCAUGAUGUCAAGCAAAGAGGCACGGAGUUUGAAGUUAGGCUUUAAAAUACGUCCACAGGAACACCUCCAAUUCAGGACACCACCAAUCAGAAGAUAACUGUCUAAAGGCUUGACAUAAUUUUCUGUAAUUUUCCAAGCUGCGUAAAGGCACAGUUAACUUGGUGAAUGUAACCUUCUGACCCACUGGAAUUGUGAUAUAGUCAAUUAAAAGUGAAACAAUCUGUGUGUUAAUUGUUGGAAAAAUUACUUGUAUCAUUCACAAAAUAAAUGUCCUAAACGACUUGCCAAACCUAUAGUUUGCAAAUCUGUGGAGUUGUUAAAUGAGUUUUAAUGACUUCAACCCAAGUGUAUGUAAACAUCAGACUUCAACUGUAGGUGUUUGGUAUGUAGCUUUUUGAGAGAUGUGCUAUCAUGUGUCUUUUGCAAAUGUAUGCUUAUUGUCAAUGGAAACUGGGUGGAACGGGGUUUCCUUUUAACUUGAAAUGAAAUAUCUUUUAAGGAUACUCGAAGUCUCAAGAUACUGUCUUAAUAUUGAACCUGGUUAUGGAUUGAAUAGGAAUAUUAGCUGUACGUCAAGAUAAAAUGAUAACGGUGUGUUUUAUGAUCCUAUAUCUUUUAAGUCUAGUUGCAUAGGCCACACUUAUUUUGUACUGUUGUCAAGUUUUACUGUAUGAAAGGGUUUAUCUGCCCUUUUUAUCAUUUUGUGUUCAUGAUGUACAUUUCAUUUUGUGAAUUUCAUAAAUUCUUUUGAAAUAAUAAUAAAAAGU